CACUCCCAAGUGAUACCGCAACAAGCAAGCAUGAAAUUCGCUAUAGCAUUGUGCUUUUCGGCUAUAUUUUGUACCGUUUAUGCUUCCAUAAUUCCAAUAGACUUUGCCUAUUUAGAAGAUGAGCAGUUUAUAAAAAUAAAAAAUGCGAUAUUGAAUGUGGAACGUAUCGUACAACGAAUUGAACGUGUCCAGGCUGAUACUAAAGAGGAUGCUCUAUUGACAGUUACAAAAAGAUGGAAUCAACAAAUAAAUAAUUACAGAGAUUACGUUAAUCUAUUGGUCGACUCGAUGCGCAGGGAAAUAAAUAACGCUAAAUUUAAAGGGGUAGAUGCACAAUACUGUUACGAUACUAAUUUCUGGGCUAUAAACGAGCAUGGCGACACAGCGUAUCAAUCUGCUACAAAAUGUCAAGAAUCUGCUGAGAAGAACAUUGGGAGUAGCAUUGGGUUUCUCGAUAGCCUCAAGUCGCUUGGAUACGAGUUGAUAAAAGAAUUAAAUGAUGUUGUCCUCAACUGCUAUGACGACGAUACUACUAAAAUGCAGAGCUGCUUCCUUAAUGAGUUCGGGAAAAUCAAUAACGCCGUAAAGGAGUUUGAGCAGGACGCCAAAUAUAUCGAGUACAACGCAUUGCCAGCGUCCAACUAUGUCAUUCUGCAGGCUACCCAAUGUCUGAGCAACGCUUACUUGUUGGCGCGCUUCGAAAGCCAAGGCGCAAUGAUGUCAAACUCUAGAUGCAUUCGAAACGUCAUAAAUAAAAAAAACUGAACAGAGUUCAAUCUUAAGCUUAAAAGAGUCUAAGCAUUUGUCGAUUACGGUUUACACUCAAAAUGAUAUUCCGAGAGAAAACAAUGCAUCUCGAGAAAUCAAUGCAAUUAAUUUG